AAAAAUAGACUAUUAACAUAGAUAUAGGCCAUUUUUGAAGCAGGAUAACCUAGGCCAGUAUUAUUUAGAUGGGUACCUGCUGUUCAAAAAAGAAAGAUGUACCUCCCUGUGGAAACACUGCUCAAGAGGAACACCCGAGGGAAGAGGAUGAACCCCAAAGAAAUGAAGAAAUGGUUGUGUCCAGCAAUACAUUUGGGAACUCGCCCACUCGACAAACGACCUCUGAAGUGGUAGGGAGUGCAACAGAACAAGCGGGUAUUCAGACAAUUCCGUAUAUUGACGACGAUCGGAACGCGGAAGACGAGGAGGACGUUGAAGUAGAAGACGUAAAUCUACAAGAACCUCAAAGUGCAAAUACCAUUAAUGCGACUGCGGAGGACGGUGGUAUUAUACAAUUGGGUGCGGAUUCGUCAGUUACCUUUGAGGGAGACCACAAAUUUCCUCAAGGGUCGCAGUCACAAAUAACAACCCAAGUAGAACAAACGUCCAGUGGACUUAAUCUGAAAUCUAAAGGCCAUGGAGGACCAGGGAUUAUUCAGCUUGGUAAAGGGUCUACAGUUCAGUAUAUUUCUGACAUAUCGAAAACACCUACACAACCUAAAUCAGAGUUUAAAGGAUUCGCCACCAAGUCAGGGGGCGAACUGAAGAAGAUCACUGAUAAUACUCAGACUAUAGAGUACAUGGAGACAGUGAGUGAAUUUGGUCGAUCAGUUGGCAUUAUAUGGAUCGGCAUCAAUCAAGGUACAACUGGGACUGGAUUCCGAGUUGGUGAACGGUACAUCAUGACGGCGUAUCACAUUGUGAAACAAUAUUUAGAAGGUUAUCAAACGUUUAAUGCAAAUGCGACAUUUUUCAACAACCCUAAUGCAUAUAUUGACUUUUCCAAUACCCUGAACAGAGAUGAAAAUCCGUCAAGGCGCUACACUUUCCUGAGAGACUUGUAUCGCGAGGUUGAACUCGACGUCAUCGUACUGGAGUUGAAUCUUGAGGGCAGGACGCCGCCGCUGCAGGUCACGUUUUGUGACGUCAACAAAGAACAUCAAUUCACAUUUGUAGGUCACGACAAGGGCGAAGACAAGCAAUGCGACCCAGCGUGUGUCGUAGUCGAACCAAGCAGUGACGAAAUAAAAAAAGGUACCAAGUUUUGCAUUCAGAAUAAGUUUCGAAGCAAUGGUUAUGAAGGUCUGGAAGACCCAAAGUUUGUUCGAUUUCACUGCAGAUUUGAGAAAGGGGCAUCUGGUUCCCCGGGUGUGAUGUGUAUCGGCCGGGAGGCGCGUGUCUGCAUCAUGUUGCUAAGAGGGUAUCCUUAUUUUUAUUGGGAUUUGCCAUCUCACAAACAAAAACUGUUCAAAGACGAAUACAUGCUGGAGGAAGGAGUCAGUAUGGAAUCGGUCAUGCAUUCUAUGAAAGAAAACAAUGAAGAUGCUUGCAGAAAGGUUUUCCCGCAGGUCAUGUGAACUAUGUAAUUAUAUUUAGUGGUUGUAUCUUGCUUCACACUUUGACAUCGAAUCACCGAUUAUUAAUUGUACAGUGUAUCUUGUAGUAUUAUUAAACAGAACUUUAACUGGCUUCAGUCAUAGAUAUUGAUACGACUAGCCUAGUAGUAUAGUGGUUAAGCCUUAAUGCUAGUAGUUAUCAAACCAGUAUCGGCUUUCCACAUAGAGUGAGAUUUAAAAACUUAAAUAGGAGGUGGAAGGACGACGUUUUUCCUCAGAAACUAACCCGUCCUUCAUAGACUGCAUGUAUGGAUAUGUAUGUCCGGGACAGCGCAUUUGAGCCUCAAUUUGAUACAUGUUUGAAAAUCAAAUUAAAACCAUGUCUGAUUCGGACCAUUUUGAAUUCCAACGUAGUUUCUCAUAGAUUAUCUACCAGGAUGUUUGUGGUAAUAUAAGAUAUUUUUCUAAUCUAAGGUGUUUUUUAAAUAUAGUGUACAUUUUACCUCUUGGUGAUAAAGCUAUGCUACUAUUCCAUUUUUGUAAAUACUGGUCAUUUUGUGUUAAUUUUACUUGAUUAAGAAGUAUUUUUGUAGAUGAAAAGUUCCAUGACAUCCAAACAUUUGUCAUGCCUGCCUGGUUAAAUGUAUCUUCGACCAUUUUUAUCUAUUUUAUAACUAUAUCUAUUAACAGAAAAGUCGUGUAACAUCAAUUCAUGCAGUAAACAAAUAAAGUCAUCGUUUACCAGAUAGAA